AUGCGCCUACCCUAUGCUUCAAACCCGCCGGUCAACUUGGACGCAGCAGGAAGAGCUGUUCUCAGUCAGAUAUUAGCCCGCCGAGGCGAGAGCGGACUCAUCUCACUUGACAGGGCUCUACUUCACUCGCCAAUCAUUGCUGGUGGUUGGCAUUCCUUCUUUGGCGCCAUUUACUCCGGCUCCAUCAUUCGCGCUGAUCUAUUGGAGCUUGCGAUUUGCCGAGUUGCAUUGCUUAACCGAGCUUGGUACCAAUACGACGGGCAUAUUAAAGCAUUAACCCACUGUGAAGACUUUGAUGCGGCAAAAUUAAAAGUUGUUGAAACGUUGCAGCCGUCAGACAGAGGUCCCUUGAGUCUUCAGCAGUGGGCUGUGCUAAGAUAUGCCGAUGCAAUGACAAAAGACAUUACAGUUCCCGAUACAGUUUUCAGAGAACUCCAAAACUCAGGCUUAAACGACCGAGAAGUUACAGAGCUCACUCUGGCUGUUGCAGCCUAUAAUGGAGUGAGCAGAUUUCUUGUCGCAUUGGACGUUGGAGAAAGAAAUUCACAACCCACGUUGACUGGAGCAACAGAACCUCCAAGUUGA